GCGCCGUUGAAAUAGCUUCAUUCAAUGACAGUCAAUCAGCGAAUUUUCACAUCGACAAAGAAAAUAUAUAUUUUUGCUAAAAACCAACAGCUAUGCUGCAUCAUCAAUUCUGGAUAACAAAAAAAACGGUGCAGCGUAAACUUGGCACCAAGGAAGAUGCACACAUUAUCUCAUCUGAUGCUGAUCUCGAUGCAAAGAUUGAGGUUUACAAGUCAAUAGCAAGCACCAGCUUCGAAUUGGGAAAAAUCAUUGACCAGCUGCAAGAAAGACUGUGCAUACUGUCGCAGGAGGAGUGUGUUUUCGGCCGGUUCCUUAAAGAAGCUGGGAAACGUAGCAAAACCACUGGCCAAAGCAUAACAAAUACGGGCAAAGCAGUUUCAUACAGUGGGCAACAGCGUAUGUGUGUUCGCGUGCCAUUGCUAAGGCUGCAUCAUGAAGUGGAAGUAUUUCGCAGUAGAGCUGUUUGCGAUACCCAGGCGACGCUCCAGAUUAUGGAAAAAGAGCGCACCGAGUAUCGUGCUGCACUUUCGUGGAUGAAGUCAGCCAGCACGGAGUUGGAUCCAGACACCGGUAAAGGUCUAGACAAGUUUCGCACAGCACAGACCCAUGUGCGUACAGCCAAGCGUAACUUCGAUAGUCUCUCGAUGGAUUCGAUACAAAAAAUUGAUUUGCUGGCUGCGGCUAGAUGUAAUAUGUAUUCACACGCAUUGGUUUCAUACAUGAGCGAAUUAAAGGAGUUUGCACAAAAGACGUCCAGCACAUUCGAGACAAUAUCAAAGUCUUUGCUACAGAAACCCAAAUAUGAUUUUUGUGUGCUCAAGGAGUUGACACAAAACGAAGGCAGGGUCGAUGCGGACAAGAUUGAUGACAUCGUAGCCUUGGAUAAAGAUCAAUCAUUAUUUUUUGAAAGUGAAUACAGCGAUGAAAAGGAUAGUAAAAGUCAAACCCAAGCAAAUAACACUGAUAUAUUGGACACGGCUGUAACGAACGACAAUACGCUUAUUGAACUGACAGCAAAUGCUGAUGAUGAGUUUUUAAUACCAAUCGAUACUAUUGACCACAAUAACGCAGUUACUCAACAAAGUAUAUGGUCUGGCCUUUGGCCACUUGGUCAUUCCAUAGGUCAUAGCAACAAUAAUGUUAAAUCAAUGGCAAACGAGAAAACUAUUUUGGAUUUAACGCAACACAAUUUGAAAAUGAAUAAAAAUACAAUCGACGAUUCUGUCUCAAAAACAGCGAAGUCGAGUAAUUGGAUGGAUCUUUUCGCAGAAUUAGAUCCUUUAGCUAAUCCAGAGGCAUUUGAUUUGAAGCUAAGCGGUGGUCGUUUGAAUUCGCAACAAAUUUAAGUUCAUUUACAUAGCACAUUUAAUAUGCGCAUGAAAAUUCAAAUAUAAAAGUAUGUUUGUAUAUUGUCACAAGAACGGAAUGACUUAAAAAGUUUUUAGCUUACUUUAAUUUUUGUUAAAGAAUGUAUAUUAUUUCUCAAUUUUUAGGCCCUGAACAGGGUAUAUUAAGUGUGCCACGAAAUUGGUUACACCCAGAAAAAAUGCAGGAGAUCCCAUAAAGUAAAGAUUUAAAUGAUCGGUUUGAAAUUUUACACACGUCAUUUUCCCUCCAAGAAGCUGCUCAUUUGUUGGAACGACUAUAGCAUUUAGCUGCCGUACAAACUGAUUGAUCAAAGUCAAGUUCGAAUGUAAGGAACUUUCUGAUUUGACAAUGUCUCCUUCACGGAAUUUAGCACAGAUUAUUAUUCAAAGCAUCGCCAUAUUCUGCGAAAAAAUCAAAUCGUCCAUAAAAACUGGUCGUUCAAACUUAA